GUAUUAUUUUCAACUUAUAUAAGACAUCUAAAUAUAUUGUAGAGCUUUUCAGAUCAUUCUUCAAAUGUCUGAACCCAUCCAGAAUUUUGUAGACGUUUAAAACCUUUCAAUAUAUUUCAGAGCUUUACAGAUUAAUCUCGAAAUUUCUAGAACAAACCAGAAUUUUCAGAUCAUUCUCAAAAUUUCUAGACUAAUCCAGAACGUUCGAGUUCAGUCUAGAACAAUCUAGAUGAAUAACAGUAACAUGCUUUCGAAAAAUACAUUUUCAACCCCCAGAUCUUUUACACCCCUACAACUACCCACAUGCAACCACCAUCAUAGUUAUACAUGAGAUCGUUGGGGCUACUGCCACCUACAAUCACAAUUGCUCUGUCAUAUAUGGUUUUAGUGAACAAGUGAAAUACAGGCACGCACACUCCAUUGUUAUAGUAUAUAAUAGAUAAUAGAUAUCUAGUUCCAUGUACUAUGAUCUCUACAGGCUUUUCACGAGUCUUUGGUAUAGGUAGCACGAUAUACCAGAACAAUAGUUUGUGUCAUGCAAACUUCCUGGUGUACUUUGCUACCAAUGGCAGAGGCUUACAAAAAAAUGCCUUAGGAAGAUAUAGAUAUCGUUCAUUCAAGAUGGAGGUAAUUACUGUUUUACUUGAAAAUACAUCUCAGCCUUCCCCUGAACCAUAAUAUCUUGGCCAAUUAUUGUGGCUGCAAAGGCUAAAAAUGUCAUAAAGAUUUAUUUAGAGUAUGUAUGAUGUAAAUUCAAAUUCUUACAAGGCAUCAAGCUGUUUUAUCUCAUUUGACUCCAUUAGUUGGCGUCCCAACGUGUCAAUUAAGUCAAAAUGGCUCCUAAUGUAGAAAUCGUAUGUGAUGAAAAGCUAGAUCUUGGCGAGGGACCUCAUUGGGAUCACAAAGGUGGAGUGCUUUACUAUGUUGACAUAUUUGAAUCUUCUGUUUUCAAGUAUGAUCCAAGCACUAAGAAAGUCAAUAGAGUUGUUGUAGACAAACAAAAUAAAACACCUGUUGGCUUCGUGAUACCUGUAGCAGAUACAAACAACAAGUUUGUUAUUGGAUAUAGAAAUGAGCUUGCUAUUCUGACUUGGGAUGGCAUUAGCCCAGAUCCCACCAACGUGGAAGUACUUGUUGGUGUCGAACCAGGGACAACAAAUCGGUUCAAUGAUGGCAAAGCUGAUCCUCGAGGGCGCCUGUGGGCUGGAACAAAGGCGAAAUAUCAUCCAGGUGAACCCGAAGUUAGAUCAGGAGCUUUAUAUUCAUUGAGCAAGGAUGGAAAAACUGUGAAAGUUCAUGCCACUGAUAUAGGAAUUAGCAAUGGUCUUGCAUGGUCUUCUGAUUUCAAAACCUUCUAUUAUAUAGACAGUUUCAACAGGGCAGUUGAUGCUUUCGAUUAUGAUAUUGACAGCGGAGAAACUACAAAUCGGCGAACUGUUUUCGAUUUGAUAAAGAAUAAUGUUGAGGGUUUUCCGGACGGAAUGACGAUAGACGUAGAAGACAAGUUAUGGGUUGCUACAUUUGGCGGAAGCGCAAUACAUCGUGUGGAUCCUGUUACUGGUUCUCUUCUCCAAUCGGUCAGUCUUCCUGCAGCAAAGAUCACUUCGGUUGCAUGGGGUGGACCUAAGUUAGAUGAGCUUUAUGUGACGAGUGCCAGCCGAUUUGAUACAGAGGAGAACCGUCAUGCCGGACGAUUGUUUAAAGUUACAGGACUUGGAACAUCUGGAGGUCCAGGUGUACCAGUGAAAUUGUAAAAAUGCUUACUGAAUACCACGUCAAUAUUUCAGUAUCUAUGCUCAUUGUGCCUCUAUUCCAUGAUGUCGUAAAUAAACUAGAAUUUUUAUAUUGAUCACAA